AUGGAGCGGCACUCAUCGCCAGUGUCUAUCAAGCAGACGGAACCGGAAUCUGGAUCCGAAACAGAAUCGAUGUCAACUACAGAAUCAGACCCAGAAUCGGAGAAGGAACCACAGCCGCCUACAAAGCCUAUGUUUCCUUUAGAGACAAAUUCUGCACCUACUACCCCAACCCGAUCUAAGAGUAGAAGGAUCAAUAGGCCAAUGACUCCGGAGGACCCACUCUUAGAAUUUCUUGGGCGACGCGGAACAAAACGGGGGACUAGCCCCCAAAGGAUGAAAUCGGAGCGUCGCCGGAUGUGGGAGAAGCUCGCAUCUGGGGGAGAAACGUCCCCGCUGCCAUACGAGGCCACAACUCCCUCACCGGAUCCUGUAAAGCGACGGGAAUCUCGAAAGGUCAAAAGAGAUGAUUCUACUCCUAUAAGUUCACCAUCCUCUCCGCCUGUUAAGGAAGAACAUCUGCCCAAGGAUGAAGAAGCAAGAUUGCCACCAGAGAUACCUGAAAGACCCAAGCGGACGAGAGCCGAAGCGAGAAGGACAACAUUAACAGCACCGGCGGAGGAACCUGUGGCCGAAACAGGGGAGUUCUCUGUCAGUGCUCCUGCAACACCAAUACCCCACCCAAUGGAGGAUUUGUCGCUGAGGAGAAGAAAGGCCAAGAGCAAAAGAUUGUCAGUACAGGACGAUGGCCAAGCAAAAGUGGUAGAAGCACGGACAGAUACGCCAUCGCCUGAGCCUCUGUCAUUCAAGCAGGCCGAGUUAUCAGUAGAUCCUGCACCUCGAAAGAGGAAGAGUGAUAUCAGCACUGGGACAUUUGGGCCAAAGUUGGCAUCUGCUACAAGUUCAUUUUUUAAAGCUGUCAAGGCAGAGUUUCAAGCGGAAUUGCAAGCAGCAGCCAAGGCUGCAGAAUCGACUUCUUCCAGUGAGGGAGAAGAUCUAGACCUUCUCAACCACUUUGUUGAAAAUUCUAGACCUGUUGAAUCUAUUGGAGAGCAAGACGAAGGCAGCGACGGGGAUCAUGAGAUCGCGACGGACCCAGUAACGGCGGAAGAGUUAACACCACCCCCUCCGACGCUGGUGGCGAGAGCUACCUAUACAGAAACGGAGACCGAGACCGAGACCGAAACAGAAACAGAGUCGGAGUCGGAGUCCGAGACUGGAUCGGAUAGUAGGUCGGGAUCGGGCUCGCAAGCGACACAAGAGCACCAACCGGGUGCUGACCCUAUCAGAGACACUGAGGUUUCCUCCGAGUCGCGAGCGCAGGUUGGGUCUCAACCGGAACUAGAAGCUUCAGCUGGGAGGAAACCCCCGACUACAGAAUCCCUGAGGCCGAGUGGCAACGUUUUGCUUGGAGAUUCUCAGACGUUACUACCGAAGAGAAGUAUCCGUAGUUCACCUUCACCUCCAAAACCAAAAAGAAGGGGAUCAAGAGCUAGAUCUCAAGGAACACACACGCCUGUAUCUUCCAUCGACAGUGGUGAGGCUCGCGCUUACACUGAUAAUGGGUCCGUAAGGGAACCUUCAGAUGCUUCCUUGUCUACCGUUAAACCUCUUAAUAUCAAACCCAGAGAUCCUUCCCCAGAGGGCCAAACUUCUCCUACGCAGGCUCCCCAGGGACAGGGUGGUGAGAUUUAUUACACCCCAAGUCUUCUCACUCAAGAGGCCAGCCUAAAACGGAAGUACACAAAGCAUGCCGAUCUUAUCUCAAUACUCUCUGUACCGAAGCCAAGUAAAAGCUUGAGGUCUGCCACAAGAACUAGGAGCCAUGGAAAGAUGUCUCGGAAAGUUUCAACUAUCACCAUUCAAGAUUUGAUGGCUGAACUAGCCACCGAGGAAGCCAAAUACCUCCGUGAGCUCCGAACCCUGGUCGAAGAUGUGGUCCCUGUGCUUUUCCAGACGGUGCUCGAGCGUGCAGAUGAUGUUGUCAGACGGCGGUCUUUGAGUGGAGGGAAGCCUGACAACUACGGUUUCCGGACAGGCUUUGCAACAAAUCCGACAAGGCCCAUUGUAGAUAUGGGAAUUUCACUGGAGCGCCUUAAAACGGUCCACGAGAGGAUGCCUAAGCAAAAUCCCAAUGAACUCCUAAUUUGGGCUAUGGACGCCAGGAAGGUUUAUGAAGAGUAUCUUUCUGUUUGGAGAAUGGGGUUCCAAGAUGUUGUUGUGACCCUAGCACCGGAUUAUGAGGAUGAGAAGGAAUUCAGAGAUUACCAAGAAGAGCUCACGCGGAAAGGUUUAGAGAUGCUAUACAACGAAGGCGAAAAAGUGGAUGUGGCAUUUCUCCUCAAGAGACCACUUGUGAGGUUAAAGGUUUUGGCGAAACUUUUCAAGAGGAUGAAUCUCCUACAGCCUUCAGCACCCGCACAGGCAUUGACAUCGGCCUUCCACGGGGUUGUAGCAAUAGCCCGCCGCAAGAUUGCAGAGGAAAAAGCACGUAUUGAAGACGAGGCCGCAGCAUCAAUAAGUGUUGCUAAUGUCUCCGACAUUCACACUUUGCUCCCCCAGUAUGAUGUUUCACUCGAUCCAACCAAACGUGUACGGGCACGUGACGGCUUUUACAUGCGGCUCUACCACUCGUCGGGGAGGGUCCUUCAGCGCAACGUCGAAUUGAUACUUCGUGAUCCCCCCGGAAAGGCAAGACCUGAGCGAACUGAAAUCUUAGUCUGCCAGUUUGGGGAAGGGGAAGUUUCUGAUAAAUGGCUUUUGUUCGCACCGAUCCCCCUGGGUGCUAUAUCUGCUAGGACGGGUGACGCAGCAGGCGAAAUUGUCGUAAUGGUCAGGGGAAUGGAUCCAAGCAGCCAGGAAGAGCUUCGGGAAAUUCUCAUUUUAGGUUCUCCUACCGCUGCGGGAUUUGAAUGGGUUCAGAUGCUCGGACUGAUUCCAAUCCCUCCGGAGGGGCCUUUUACGGACAAGCCUUAUCAAAUGCAUACGCUAGAGACACUGACCGAAGAGGGAACACUUUCUUCGCGUUGGCAAUCACCAGCCCCGCCACACUCCUCUCAUGGGCCAAAGACACCAAAGGCACUUUCUCAAAAAUCAGAACAGGAAACACAGAAGAAAUCAGAGAAAUCAGAAAGCGUUGGCGACGUUUUUUCAUUCCUUGAGUCUGAUAGGGCAACGCCAAAACAAGAACCAGCACCCUUGGUUGUUGAACCCCCGAAGACAGUCAAGCCACCGUUAGAAAAUGCUUCCGGGGCAGAGGGCACAAAUGGACCUAAACCAGCGGAGCAUUGUGAGGUUCUCCCGCCCGACUUUGCUAUGAUGCCAUGCAUCGCAGGUGGAUACUGGUUCCUCGGCGGGCAUUUCAAGACUCCCGAAGCGAAGACCGAUGCCGAGCAGGGGCUGGGAGCUCAAGAUCUUCUUGCUUCCCCACCUCUUCGUCAUUCGGCGUCCUUGCAUACAUUGAGCGACAGGUACUCGGCCCCCAGUGAGGGUCGGAGUCCAAGUCUCCAGCGCUCCCGCAAAGCCAGUAAGCCUUCGUCAUCGAGAAGGAAUUCAACUAUCAACAACGACCCCGACACUCUCUCGCUUGGCCCGUCAGAGCCCUCCAACUAUCUAGCGCCCGCCCCAACCAAUACCCUUUCGCGCACAAGGUCAAUCCAUCUCGAUGAUGAGGCCCGCUCCACCGCUGCCCUAGAGAAGCCCGCCCUAAGGUCACCGUUCGAGGAUGCACCAAAUCUCUCCCCCGACCCUAAGCCCGAGGAGCUAGGAUCUCUAACCCCAGUUAAAAAGGGCACGAAGACCGAUGUACCUCCUCCGGUGCCCCCUCAUAGAGUCCUUACCACCUCCCAAUCACGCGAUUCAAACCCUCCCUCUCGGUCACCAGUAAUUCUUUCAAUGCCUAGCAACUCUUCUCCGUCUUCUGGCAAAUCUGGCUUUAAUGGCCGUCGCCGCACUUCCAGUCCCCUCAAGCAUGAAUACGAUCCAUCAUCGCCUUCGGGAUCUGAGUCGGAAUCUGAGGAAGAGGAAGAGAAAGAGGAAAUAAAUCUACAGUUUAAAGAAAAAGGAAAUAACGAUGAAACGGCGGACGAUGAAUCUGUAUCGUCAAGCUCAGAGGAAUCCUCGUCAGAAGAGGAGGAAUCCGACGAUGUCGUUUCCAUCUGUUCUGAAGAAGAAGAUGGAGACUAUCCUCCCCCGAUGCUGUCCAUCCCCAGGCGGGUUUCUAAGGAGCCGUCGGGGAUAAUUUCGCUUCCAAGGCAAAGACCUUCCUCCCUGACUUUGGCCUCUUCUGCUCCUACUAUUCAAGCAUCUGCUCCGCCCGCAUACAAGUUCCGAGCUUGGGUGUUUGCAUGGGCCAUAAACCAGUGGGAGAAACUGCACUCGAAUGAAUGCAGAAUUAUAAUAACCCCCGGGCAUAUUGAGAGUUUCCCAUCUGGGUCACCCCCAUCUACCCCGGGUAGAUCUACAACGCCAGUGUUUAGUCUCGAUCUAAGUCCUGUUACACCCGUUCGACGUGGUACUGCCGUUGAUGUUUCUAUCAGAACCCCUCCAAACUCCAAAUUUUCUGGCGCAAGUCUUAUGCUUCGCUGCAGAUCUCCCGCCGAAUGCGAAACCCUUUACAACGCGAUCAACAACAGCAGAGUGUACCCGGUAAACUACCAAGCUCCGAGUACGCUUCUGAGCUCACUAGCAUCUUCCGAGAUGGGAAUCAGCGAAGCCUCGUCCACUACCGCUGGUGGGAGCGUCAAGAGAGGUUGGGGAAGCUGGGGAAGAUCAAAAACUUAUCGCAAUGGGAUCGCAGACAGUAAUUCAGGAAGUAUCAUAUCUUCUGGGCCAUCGGAGACCUCAGUCGGCAGCCUUUCUUCAGCAUUCUCUAGAUUCCGCCAACACAAUCGCAUGUUCAAGAGCCCCCUCAGUUCAGUUGCAUCCAGUUCUUCGAGCAAUGCAGGUGAUUCCCGCAGAGGAAGCCCUUCUGCCCUAAGCAUGCCCGUAGUGGAUGGCAACCCUGUCUUCAAAAUCCGACUUUACCGCCGUGAAAACGCUUCCAAGUGGAGAGAUCUUGGAAAUUCGAGAUUGAGCAUUCUCAAGCCUGUAAACGCAAGCCAGAAACAACCGAAUAGCCUGAGUACCGGAGAUGAAAAGAGAAUCGUUGUGACGAAUAAAGCGGGGACGUUGGUAUUCCUCGAUGAGGUAUUGGGAGAAUCGUCCUUCGAGCGUGUAGCUAGAACUGGUAUCGCUGUUAGCGUGCUUGUUGGCGAGGGUGAGGAGAAUGGCACUGGUGUUCCGGGGGGUGUGGGCGGUAUUGGCGCGAAGAGCAUUGUUUAUAUGAUGCAGAUGAAAGGCGAGGCCGAAGCAGCAUAUACCUUUUCCAUUGUUGGCAAACUAAGAUACUAGUCGAAUAGCCCUCCACCUCACCUCCCACUCUGGAUCUUUUUCCUUUUUUUCUCUUCAUUUCUUUUGUCAUUUUCAUUCCUUAGGUAGUGCAUACUCACUUUGGCGCAUAUAUCAUAUGCCCGUGUAGGGGACACUGUCUAUCAGCUUUGCGCAUUGGGAUAGGGGAUCGUGGGCAAGUGGAGUCUGGGGUUUCUGUUUAUACCGAUCUAGCGUUUUUCCUUUUAGAAUUACUUGGGAGUUCUCUUUUUUUCCUGUUUGGGGUUCUCUUUUUCUUCUCUUGCUCAUUUCAUUUCAUUGUCAUCAUUGGGGAAAUUUCAUUUACACACUACCGGUAGGAGUCUCGGCGACAAGGCGAGUGCGAGUGGGGUUGAGUAAUAUGUCCGUGUUACCAUAAUAUUACCAGGGACGCGAGAGGCGAGAGAGAUGAGGAUAUCCGCGGUGUGGACAAAAGGAUGGAAAAGCAAUCGCUCAUAAGUUUGAGUGGAGACAGAGGCAUUGGGAUUAAGGGAUAUUUAAUUUCUUUGGCGUUAGGAAUCAGCUGUUAUUGGUCAUGUUACGUUAGCUACUGUAUGGACGGAGUGUUAGACAUUGGAUACCAGAAGGUCCAGAAUAGUCAAUACAGCAAUAAACCUUUACAAUU